ACCUGACUCACGCCAGCGACCAUGUCAGCUGAAGCACAGGACAGAAGCCUCUACAUCCCAUCGGAAGAUCCGGACCACGGUCGCCGCUUUGGCAUUUACUGGGACUAUGAGAAUGCCCACAUCCCCUCGGGCGCCGACAUUGGUAACAUCUUUGUCCGCAUGCGCGCAGAGGUGGAGCGCCACGACGGCCGCAUCUCCUGCUUCAAGUGCUUCAACGCACCCGAGUCGCACCGGGUGCGGAUGCAGGAUCUGUCCAUCGAGUGCAUCAACGCAUCCAAGAAGAACCGCAAGGAGGCUGCAGACCACCGCCUCGUGGUUGACAUGUUCCGAUUUGCGCUCGAGAACCCCAACACUCACCUCACCUUUGUCCUCAUCUCGGGCGACUCGGACUUUGCCUACCCGCUGGCCACGCUGCGCAACUACAGCCACCGCAUCUGGGUCUUUCACCCCAAGCAGGCGUCCAAGGCACUCCGCGAUCACGCACAUCUUGUUCGCCCCUGGAAACCCUUUUGCACCGCCGUCCGAACCAAAACCACCCUCAUUACCCCGCGCCAGAGCUCCUCGUCCGCACCGGCGUUUGCAGGAGUCCAGUCCACCGCUCUCCUCCGCCCUGGUCUGAUCGGCUCACCCGCGACCUCCCCGCCAGCCUCGGCCUCGACGUCGGCCUCGAUCCCGACCUUGCUCAGCAGCACUGCUGCCGCUGACGCCGCUGCCGCCGAUGAUGGCAACGUUGUUGACGAUGUCGACGACGCUGACGACGCUGACGACGACGACGACAACGAUGAUGAUGACAACAUCGAUGUUGACUCGGAGGCCUCGGCGGGCACCGUCGCCUCGUCGAUGCUAGCCACUCACGCCAUCGAGGCCCUGAUGGAGAUCUUCGAGGAGCAUGUCGACGACGACGGCUCGAUGCUCCGCUCCACACUCGGCAUCAAGCUCCAGGAAAAGUACCCGUCACUGGUCCAGCGCCGCGGCGAUGCACGGACACUCAUCAAGCGAGCCAUGGACCUUGGCCUCCUCGUCCCGAAUCCGCUCUCGCAGCACUCGCUCUGUCACCCGUCGUCGCCCAUCGUCGUUGGGACCGACUCGCCGCUCCCGGGCGAUGAGGCAAUCGACUCGGAGACUCUUGCCAUUCUCCUCAUCGAGGCUUCGCGCGAACACGACGAGACUGGCAAACUCAAGUUCUCGCUCGGCAGCCUCAAGAAGCGGCUCAAGGCGUACAAUCACGAACUCGUCGCAAAGUCCAAGAUCUCUGAGGCUCUGAACAAAGCCAAGUCGCUUGGCUACAUCAACGUCAUCAAAGAGCCGGUCAACCGCACUCCUCGCUCCGGACAGAGCAAGAAGAGCAUGCAGACGAUGGUCGUUCUCGAGGCGCAAGGUCUGCGCCUCGCCAGCUCCCUCGCGGCCCAGUUUGAGUAGACUCCCCCC